UUUCGGCGCAGUGGACAAAUUGACGGUUUGCAAUCGUGGGCGAUUUCUAUUGGAAGCGUUCGCAUUUGAUUUUCAUUAUAAGUCCGACUGUCUGACCCAGAAGGUGUUUCCUCGUGAUCUCUGCCCCAUCUCUCCAUAUUCUGAUCGAAAGCAAUUCAGUGAAGGAGUUUUUUUUUGUAUAGCCGGCUCACAGAAUGAAGUGCUUUUUGCUGGUUUUCCUGGCUGUGGCCUAUGUGGCUGCAGAUAGCAGUAAGGGCCCCACGGUGACCGAAAAGGUCUACUUUGACAUCACAAUUGGGGGAAAGCCUGCGGGGAAAAUAGUUAUUGGUCUCUUUGGGGGAACUGUUCCCAGGACGGCAAAGAACUUCAAGGAAUUGGCUGAAAAACCAGAAGGCGAAGGGUACAAAGGAAGCAAAUUCCAUCGUGUCAUCAAGGACUUUAUGAUCCAAGGAGGUGACUUUACUCGCGGCGAUGGUACUGGAGGUCGUUCCAUCUAUGGGGAACGUUUUGAGGAUGAGAAUUUCAAGCUAAAGCACUACGGUGCUGGAUGGUUGAGUAUGGCGAAUGCUGGUAAGGAUACAAAUGGUUCGCAGUUCUUCAUCACAGUCAAGAAGACCCCAUGGCUCGAUGGGCGCCACGUGGUGUUCGGCAAGAUCCUCGAGGGUAUGGAUAUUGUGCGGCAGAUUGAGAACACAAAGACUGAUGGGCGUGAUAAGCCGGAACUCGAUGUCGUGAUUGCGGAUUGUGGCUCAAUUCCAGUUAAAGUUGAAGAGCAAUUUGCGGUGGACAAGAGUGAUGCCACCGAAUAGAGGAUAAUUUUUUUUCCGCAUUAGCUAUAAAUCCGUCAACGUAAAAUAGAAUUAAGGAGGAAGGCUCAGGAGAAGUUGGAAUUUACGAACAAACAGCGAUUUUUUUUAAUUAAAAAAUGCUGUCUAGCAAGGAUUUUCCCGAAGAUACUUCAACAAGACAGAUUUUCUUUCCGAGAGAUUGCAUUCAACUCGUUUUUUUUUUUUGUAACAAACAAUAAGUGAAAAUAAAAGAAUUUUUUUCAAUUUC